GGCAUGCGCCAGUCCUCUCCCUUCAGGUACUAUGAGCGGUGGUGUCUACGGUGGUGACGAGGUAGGUGCUAUUAUCUUCGACGUCGGACACCAGAGCCUCCGCGUGGGAUAUGGCGGCGAGGACACGCCAAAAGCUGAGAUCCCGACGACCUUCGGGGUGUGGGAGGAACCCGCCGAUCCCGUUGGGGUCGAUUGUAACAACGUCACCAGGAAGCACUACAACAUCGAUGUCACGGCUAUCCAAGUGCGAAAGAAAGAUAUGGAGAUAGUGAGCCUGAUGAAAGACGGCAUGAUCGAGGACUGGGAUAUGUUCGAGCGGUUAACCGAAUACACUUACAAGCAGCGACUGCAUGCCUUAGCCGAACAUCAUCCGGUCUUGAUGACCGAGUGUCCUUGGAACACAAGAUUGAAGCGUGAGAAGUUACUAGAGCUGAUGUUCGAGAAGUUCAAUGUACCGGCCAUGUACAUCUGUAAAAACGCCGUGCUGGCCGCUUAUGCUAACGGCAGAUCUACGGCGAUGGUUGUGGACAGCGGUGCCACGCAUACUAGCGCGGUACCGGUUCAUGAUGGUUCCGUCAUCACCCAAGGGAUUGUUAAAAGUCCUCUGGGUGGCGAUUUCAUCACCAUGCAAUGUAGACAGUUCUUCGAGGAAAAAGAUAUCGAACUGGUACCGGCUUGUCUUGUUGCUAGUAAAGAUGUAGUACGAGAAAGAGAUCCACCUCGUUGGACAAAACGACCAGGACCGCAACCAACGUCUUCCUGGCUAAGCUACAUGGUACGAGAGUUACUGCAGGAUUUUCAGAUGAACGUUUUGCAAGUAUCCGACAGUCCAUACGACGAGGAUGUGGCGAAUACUUUGCCUAUGAAACAUUAUGAAUUUCCAACUGGUUACAAUGACGACUUUGGUUCUGUAAGGCUCAUGAUACCGGAAGCGCUUUUCGAUCCUAGCAACGUGAAAGGUGUGGGUGCGAGCAUUUUGGGAGUUGGUCCUCUAGUCACCACGAGUGUCGGAAUGUGCGAUAUGGACAUCAGACCGAGUUUAUACGGCAGCGUCGUGGUGACCGGCGGCAAUUCCUGUCUUCAAGGUUUCAGUGAAAGACUGAAUCGAGAUCUAGCCAGCAAGACCCCGCCGAGCAUGAGACUGAAAAUAAUUAGCGCAAACAGCUCAAGCGAGCGUCGUUUUGGCGCUUGGAUUGGUGGCUCGAUCCUCAGCUCCUUGGGCUCGUUUCAACAAAUGUGGCUGUCACGUCAGGAAUACGAAGAAUCCGGUAAACUUAUCUUAGAAAGAUGCGCUUAAGUUUUUAAAUAAAUGACGAUAUCCUUCUUCUAAGGUACAAAAUUUUUACAAAAUAAUCGGAUGAUCUAUUCUCAGCUAACUGUGAACUCUAUUUUAUAUAUUUGUAUAACGACUGUAAACUAUUUUCUGUAACUCUAUUUUAUAUAUUUCAAAUUUAAGAAAUAGUUUCUUAAACAUACGAUCAAGAGUUUUGAAAGACUCGAAUUUACGAAGAAAUUGUUUAGGAACUUAGUUUUUUAAAUAUCUUUAUUCGGCAUCUUCUCAAUAUUUGUCUUGUUCGAGAUAAUAAUCACGCGCGUAAUUAAAGAAAAUUAGCUUAACGGUUUUUUCAUAGCAGUUCGAUAGCAAACACCAAUCAAACGUCUUACGCGAGAAUUAGAAACGAGUUACGUAAGACCUGAUGUAAGGUAAAGAAAGUGGAGAGAGAGAGAUGCUAGUUUGUGCUAAAUAUCAGUUGUCUUAUUGCUUUUUCAUAAGACAUUAUACAGCUGUUACAACAGCUUAAAUAAAAGAGAUGUACAAUUAUGUAAAUAGUCUACAUAAAAUUUUGGUGUUUUUCAAAGUUUUUACUCAUUUAUACACUCUUUAUAUAUACACUCUUUGUAAAUUUUUUAUCUUUUACAGAGUGAGUAUAUCCAAAGGUUAAAACAAUGUAUGACGAAGUUACGCACAAUUGUAUGUCUUUUUUCACUCUCGCUAAAAACACUCAUUAAAAUCUUUAACUGUUGCAUCUCCCUCCGCUCUAAUAAUGACGGUGCGACGUAAAGCCGUCCUUUUGAGCAACAAUCAUCAAACGCAUUUUAAAAAACGCUUAGAAUUUUACUGUGCGAAAGCAUUUUUUAAUAAGACGACGAAUCAUGCUCUCUCGUGUAAAUUUUGAAAAAUAAUUUUUUAUAUACAAAAAAUUAACACAGUGUUUCCGAGGAACUCAUUGUGAUUGUGAAUAGCAUUGAUCAGCAACAUUUUGUGUAACUCGCAUAUGUCGCGAGCAAAUAUUUGAUCGACAACUCGCUUAGAUGUCAAUGUUAAAUAGGCACAUAAACGUAACAAACAGCUUACAAGGAUACACAGUUCCUAAUCACUUCAAGAAUCUUCCAUCGUAUUUUAGAAAAAAAAACCACUUGCCAUUAAAAAGAAGUCCAUAUAUAUAUAAAAAUAAACAUAAAUAGAUACAACAUAAACUAUCGAAACAGGUUGUCAUAUUAGAUUUUUAUUUCGCUGCAAACAGAAUAUACUCGCUUUACAUCGAGAGACAAUAUAAGUGUACGUUAAACUACAUUACAAACCUAUAUUUGCUAUACGUUAUCCUCGAAAAGCGAUCACUAAAUAAAUGUAGUAAGUAUAAUAUCACUAGAGCACCACAUGUAUUCACUAUUUACAUCCUGUUGAAUACAGAAAUUGGUAUCGGUUUUAUCGCGUGCGAAUUUUGUUAUCAUUAAAAGACUGUAUUUUGAUGUAAAAAGUAAUGGUGCUUAAGCACUAAUGAGAAAAUUGCUAAACGUACAAGAAUGUGACAGUUCAAAAGAGCAUCAACUCAAAUUUUUAUGCAUAAUCAACUCUGAUUAAUAUAUCGCUCAAGAUUAUUAUUUUUUCAAAAAAAGGAAAAGAGAAGACGCUAUAUUUAUUUACUCUCUUAUAUUUUAUCAUA